AUGUCAAAUAAAAAUUAUCGAUUUCUCGAUGUUUCCUCAUCAUCUUCAAGAAAUGGAAGUGCCAAGCACGAAGUUAAAUCAGAUAUCGAUCGUUUAACACAAGAAAUAUUAACUCUUGGAGCUCAGAGAAAGAGAAAUACUAACGAACAAGAAGGAGUCAAAGAAACCGACGACAUGAGAUCGUCGGCUAAUACAAAUUUUCCAAGAUUUUCCGGAUCCGAAUUCGAUCCAAAUUUAACCGGAAUGCCAAGAAAUUCUAGUUUCAAUCUUGGCGAACAAGAUUUAGAUACAUUUUCCGAAGGGCAAACAAUUGUUAAAUGGGUGGACAAGAGACCAAUAUCAAAUAGAAUUUUCGUUAACAGGAGUUUGCAUUUAGAACAUAUUAAAUUUUAUGGAUUUGAUAUGGAUUACACAUUGGCAGAAUACAAAUCCCCACAAUAUGAAACAUUGGGAUUUAAUCUGGUUAAGGAAAGAUUGGUUGCUUUCGGGUAUCCGGAUGCUAUAUUAGAAUUCGAAUACGAUCCCUCUUUUCCCGUCAGAGGUCUUUGGUUUGAUACGCUAUACGGAAAUCUAUUAAAGGUUGAUGCUUACGGAAACAUAUUAGUUUGCGUUUCCGGUUUUGAUUUUUUAAAAUCAUCACAAGUAUAUGAAUUAUAUCCGAAUAAAUUUUUGCAAUUGGACGAAAGUAGAGUUUACGUAUUGAACACAUUAUUUAAUUUACCCGAAACUUAUUUAUUAGCAUGUUUAAUUGAUUUUUUUACAAAUUCAACUGAAUACACGAGGGAAAAAACCGGAGUUAGAAGUGGUUCUUUAUUUAUGUCUUUUAAAUCAAUUUUUCAAGAUGUUAGAAAUUCUGUCGAUUGGGUUCACAUACACGGAGAUUUGAAAUCCAGGACAAUCCGUAAUUUAGAUGAAUAUUUAAAAAAAGAUGAACGUCUUCCGAUGCUUUUAACAAGAAUACGGGAAAGUGGAGCCAAAUUAUUUUUACUCACAAAUAGCGAUUAUUGUUUUACGGAUAAAAUCAUGACGCAUUUAUUCGAUUUUCCAAACUUAGUAAAGCCUUCUGGAUCACACAAAGAUUGGAAAACUUUUUUCGACGUCAUCGUGGUAAAUGCGAGUAAGCCAUUGUUUUUCGGGGAGGGUACAAUUUUAAGGCAAGUUGAUACAUCAACGGGAGCAUUAAAAGUGGGAACUCACAUGGGUCCCCUGCAAAAGGGGCAAGUUUAUUCCGGAGGUUCCUGUGACGUAUUUACCGAAUUGAUCGGUGCCAAGGGCAAAGAUGUUUUGUACAUCGGUGAUCACAUAUUCGGAGACAUACUUAAAUCUAAAAAAAUUAGGGGUUGGAGAACGUUUUUGGUUAUACCGGAAUUGGUGCAAGAACUUCACGUGUGGACUGAUAAAUGUCAGUUGUUUGCAGAACUUCAAAACUUGGAUGUAAUGCUUGGAGAAAUGUAUAAAAAUUUAGACAGCAGUACCAAAGAAAAACCCGACAUUUCAAAAUUAAGAAAUGGAAUUCGUGAAGUGACACACAAAAUGGAUUUGGCCUACGGAAUGAUGGGAAGUUUAUUUAGAUCGGGAUCGAGGCAAACAUUUUUCUCUUCUCAAGUCGUCAGAUACGCGGAUAUUUAUGCAGCUUCCUUCCUUAAUCUUAUUUAUUAUCCCUUCAGUUACAUGUUCAGAGCUCCUGCUAUGCUGAUGCCACACGAAUCCACCGUCGCACACGAACAAAGAUUCGUUAUGGAAAGUCCAGUUUUUUGCAGAUCUCGUAAUCUAUCAGUUAUGGAAGAAUCUGAGGAGAGCAAUACAAAACUUGUUUGCGAAAGAAAUUCGAGUUUAAUCCCUCAUACCAGACCUGAAACGCCAAGAUCUCUGACUCACUAUCACGAUGAAGAUUAUUCUGAUGAAGAAGCCGAUAAAGAAAAUGUAGUGGCUUUAUGGCUACUCUUGCUUUUAAUCUUGUUUUAA